AUGGCUUCAGAACAAGUUAGAGCUCCAGGUAGCAAACCUGGAGAGAAUAUGCUGUGGGGCGGUCGUUUUACUGGUGGCCUUGAUCCCCUCAUGGUAUCUUACAACGAAUCGAUUUACUACGAUCGUGCAUUCCAUACCCAAGACAUUCUGGGCAGCAUUGCUUGGGCUCGUGCAAACCACAAGAAUGGUAUCUUGACUGAAGCUGAAUUCGCCGCAAUUGAGUCUGGAUUGAAGCAAGUCGAGGAAGAAUGGGUCGCAGGAACGUUCAAGAUUGUUCCCGGUGUGGACGAGGAUAUUCAUACUGCAAAUGAGAGAAGAUUGGGCGAAAUUAUUGGCAAAGAGAUUGGAGGGAAAUUACACACUGGAAGAAGUCGAAACGAGCAAGUUGCAACAGAUAUGCGAUUGUGGCUUAGGGAUGAACUCAAAAAGAUUGAGAGCUUCUUGGUUGACUAUCUGAAGGUUGUGGCCGCUAGAUCCGAGAACGAGAUUGAGCACAUCAUGCCAGGAUAUACCCAUCUGCAACGUGCUCAGCCCAUCAGAUGGAGUCACUGGAUGUUGUCGUAUGGUUUGGCCUUUGCAACGGAUCUCCAAAGAUUGCGAGAAGUUAUCAAGAGAGUCAACCGAUCACCGUUAGGGUGUGGUGCCUUGGCUGGUAACCCUUUCAAUAUCGAUCGGGAGGCCAUGGCUAAGGAACUUGGCUUUGAAGGUCUUCUGUGGAAUUCUAUGUCCGCUGUCGGUGACCGUGAUUUCGUUGUCGAGACAAUGCAAUGGGGUGCCACCCUCAUGUCACAUUUGUCAAGAUGGGCAGAGGAUCUCAUUAUUUAUGGUACCGGUGAAUUCAGCUUCGUCCGUUUGGCCGAUGCCUACUCAACAGGAGGUCUUCCAAGUACUUAUAACAAGGAUCUACAGGAGAGUGUGGAGCCAAUGUUAGAUCACAUUAAGACAGUUGGCGACAGCAUCCAGAUCGCUACUGGUGUUCUCAGCACGUUGACUAUCAACCCGGAGAAGAUGAAGGCUUCGCUGGAUCCAUUUAUGCUUGCCACCGACCUAGCAGACUAUCUAGUACGUGCAGGUGUACCAUUCAGAGAGACUCAUCAUAUUUCUGGACAAGUCGUUGCAUAUUCCGAGAAGACUAAAAUUCCCAUGGACCAGUUGACAUAUGACCAACUAAAGAGCAUUGACAGUCGCUUCAAGGAGGAUGUCUCUGAAUGUUUUGACUAUGAGAAGAGUGUAGAAGCACGCCAAGCGGCCGGUGGAACCAGCAAGUCAAGCGUUGAGGAGCAAAUCAAGGUACUGAAAAGCAUCCUUGGUUAA